GCGCAACCAUCCUCGGCGCCUGCGCACUGCGAGCACUCGCGAUUUUUCUCACAGCGCCGGCCCAGGCCCGCGGGAGCUCUGUGGCGCCGAUAGCCCCGUUAGUUCAGUGUCACGUCUCUGGCGCAGGCGCCUUGUGGGCAUCCGAGACUUUUCUCACAGCGCCCGCCCCACUUCACGGGAGCUUUGUGGUGCUGGGGCUGCUGCGUCACUUCCGGCACCCUCAGGGCUGCCCGGCCUGGCCCCAGCGCGGCCCCGGGCCCGGGUGGGACCCCCCGGCAUCGGGCAGGGCCCGCGGCCGCCGGCCCGCGGCAUGGCCGUGUUCGACACCCCGCAGGCGGCGUUCGGGGCGCUGCGCCCCGUCUGCGUGCAGCUGACGCGGGUGCAGACGGUGGAGAACGUGCGGCUGCUGCAGGCGCACCUGGCCGGGGUGAGCGGCGCGGCCCUGCAGGAGCUGCAGGAGUACGUGCUGUUCCCGCUGCGCUUCGCCCUGCGGCUGCCGGGGCCCACGCAGGAGCGGCUGGUGCAGAGCCUGGUGCAGUGCAUCUCCUCCGUGCUUGCCGCGACGUGCGUGAAGAAGCAGGAGCUGCUGCAGGAGCUCUUCUCUGAGCUCUGUACCUGCCUCGCUCCCCCUCCCAGCUCGGGCAAAACCGCCCCGCUGUCCGAGGAGCUGAAGCUGGCUGUGAUCCAGGCACUCCACACCCUGAUGCAUUCGGCUUAUGGGGAUGUUAUCUUGUCUCUGUACCAACCUUCCACCCUUCCGCUCCUAGGAUUUGCUGUGUCUUUGCUUCUGACACUUGCAGAACAAGAAAAAGCAAAGCAAAUCAAGAUCUCUGCUUUGGAGUGCUUGCAGGUCCUGCUUCUGCAGUGUGACUGCCAGGAGCACCGACACCUGGAUGAAGACGAGGCACAGCGAUGUGGGGAUUUGUUUGCUUCUUUUCUGCCUGGGAUUUCUAUUACACUGUCUCGAGUUAUUGCUGGAGACAUCAAACAAGGUCACAAAACCACUGUUUCUGCCAUCAGACUCUUUUAUUUGAUUGUUGGCUUGGUCAUGGCUGACAAACAGCUAGCCAGAAUCCCAAAGAGUAAGGAAAAGCUGCUAGUGGAGCACAGCAGAAUAUCAGAGCUAAUGAUCCACAGAGGACUUGACUGGACGAAAAGUACUGCUGAAAAACUCUCUCUUCUCUUGCAUAAGGUGGUUGAAUCUUCUUCAGGUCACCCCCACUGGAAGGUGAGACAGGAGCUGGUGGAGCUGGUCCACCACUUACUGAGGAACUGCAGUCAGUCACUGGUGGACUCAUUCAGUCACCUCUUAAAGGCCUUGGUUGGGCUGGUUAAUGAUGAAAACAGCGAAGUCCAGAGCAGGUGUAACAAAGUUCUGCAAGGGAUUGCAGAGCAGAGGAUUGUGGCACAGAGCAGGGCUCUUGCUGAUGUCCUCUCUGAGAACCUCCAUUCCCUUGCCACAGCCCUUCCCCGCCUGAUGAACUCUCAGGAUGACAUGGGCAAGGUUUCCACGCUGAGCUUAUUGCUGGGCUACCUGAAGCUGCUGGGCCCCAAGAUUAACAUUGUCCUCAACUCCGUGUCCCACCUGCAGCGCCUGUCCAAGGCGCUGGUGCAGGUUCUGGAGCUGGAUGUGACAGAUGUGAAGAUAGUGGAGGCCCGGCACCCUGGGCCACCGGGCCCCUUGCAGCAGGGUGUGCAGAAGGGCAGGUGCCAGAAGAAAUAUUUCCGCUUCUUCACAGAGGAGAAGGUUUUCCAGCUCCUUCAGCAAGUGUGUCGUGUUCUUGGCUACUAUGGGAACCUCUACCUGCUUGUGGAUCACUUCAUGGGGCUGUACAGUGAGUCUGGCCUGUACCGAAAGCAGGCAGCCAUGAUCCUCAACGAGCUGGUCAUGGGAGCUGCCGGGGUGGGAGUGGAUUUCCUGCAGGAGAGGGAAGUUCCACUGAGCGUGGAUGAUCUCAAAAGGUCCAUAACAUCCAUUCUGGAUGAGUACAUGGACCAGGCAAACUGGUAUUUGGUGACUAGCAUUGACACAGAGGAAAGCAGCCCUGAGCAGUCGGUGCAGCACCUGGGACUCGCUGUCCAUGCAGGGGGUGCAUCCAGCAGCAUUCUCCAUCUGUCCCCAGAGCCCCCAGUCACAAUCCGCACCAUGAAUAGCAACAUCUGGCAGAUCUGCAUCCAGCUGGAGGGCGUUGGCUGCUUUGCUGCUGUCCUCGGGAAGGAGUUCCGGCUGCUGCUGCUGUCAGCUCUCUACCCUGUGCUGGAGAAGGCUGGUGACAGGACUCUGCUCAUCAGUGAGACAGCACUGGGGACCCUGGCAGACAUAUGUGAGGCCUGUGGUUACGACUCAGUGCGGUAUUUGAUCAAUGAGAACUCUGACUAUCUGGUGAACGGGAUUUCCCUGAAUCUGCGCCAGCUGGCCUGUCAGCCACGUGCAUCCCAGGUCCUGGACACGAUGCUGAGGCAUUCAGAUGCCAGCUUGCUGCCACUGAUAGAAGAUGUAAUCCAAGAUGUCCUGUCUGCACUAGAUCAGACUUACAAUAGCCAGGCUUCCACCUUCCUCAGGGUCCUCCACUCAGUCAUGACUGCUCUAGUGCAGUGGUUUGGAAUGCCCAGCGCUGAGGGGCACCAGCAAAGGCAGACUGACAAGGGCCAGAGCAGGGCUCAGUCCCAGGGACAGCAGGAGGUGACAUUGACAAGUCAAGAAGUGGAAAGAUUCUUCCUUGACUACAUCUGCCAGAAGCAGAUCGCAGAGGGGGAUCUUCCUGACCUGGAGGAGGAGGAGGAGGCAGAUGAGGUUCCCCUCGCUAAGCCAGAGCCCAACUCUGACCCAGAAGGAGAGGCUCCAAUGCCAAGCCACGCUCAGCUGGCCAAGGAUGUGAUGGAGAGGUGCAUCCACUUGCUGUCUGACGGGAGCCUCCGAGUGCGGCUGAAGGUCCUGGACGUGCUGGAGCUCUGUGUAACCAUGCUGCAUCCUCAUGGAAACCAUCUGCUUCCCAUGGCUCACCGUGUCUGGCCAGUUCUCGUCACCCGGCUGAUUAACGACGACCCUCUGGCAGUGCUCAGAGCCUUCAAGGUGCUGUGUACCCUGGGUCAAACAUGUGGGGACUUCCUGAGGCAGAGGUUCUCCAAAGAUGUCCUGCCCAAGCUGACCAGCUCCCUCCUCAGCCAGGCCCCAGUGAGUGCCAGAGCUGGGCCUGUGUACAGCCACACACUGGCCUUCAAGCUGCAGCUGGCUGUGCUGCAGGGCCUGGGCUCUCUCUGUGAGAAGCUGGACAUGGGCGAGAGUGACCUGAAUAAAGUAGCAGAUGCCUGCCUGAUUUACCUCAGUGCCAAGCAACCUGUGAAACUGCAAGAAGCUGCCCAGAGUGUUUUCCUGCACUUGAUGCAGGUGGACCCUGACAGCACGUGGCUGCUCCUGAGUGAGGAGUGCUGCUCUCCCUACGAGCCCCCCCACGCCAGCCUGCGGCCCGUGAAGCUCGGCGGGAUGGGGCGGCCGCGCAAUGAGCUCACGGACAACGUGCUGCUCCUGCUCCAGAGGCUGCAGCAGCAGGAGGGCACAGCUCCCAGCACCAGCACACAGGAGGCAGCUCCUUCCUGACAGACCUACACAGCAGCUGGGACGGGAAAGAGGAACCACCAGGAUGGAGCUCACCUGGGAAGACACCAUCACUGAGGACCCAAAUAGUUCAGGGGCAGAGGAGGGGCUGCCCAGCCUGGGACACUGGCUGAGACACUGUCCUUGUGGCAGAGGGUUUAUUUUUUGAAGGGGUGUUUGAGGAUGAGGUGGGUGCAUGAUCCCAACUCAUCCUGACUUGUGCCUGGCCAGCACCAUAUGCAGAGAAAAUGGCACAUCUGUUCCAAAUUCUUCAGUAUGAGUGAGUCAUCUUCCAGAAAUUACUUCCUAACCCUUGAUCCUUGGGGGUGCCCCUUUAGCAUCCCCCACACCUCUCUGAUCUCUUCACAGCUGUGAUUAUCCCUCCCCAUUUUCAGCUGGACAGUGACUGACAACUCAAAGCAAAAGCUUUUUCUGGCCUUUACCCUUCCCAGGAAGAGAAUCUUGUUUGGGGUGCACUAUAAACCUGUUCUCUUUAAAAGCAGUUAAUCUCAGAAGUUAAAGUGCAUUUCCAAUAAAUUCCUCACCUAUGUUACUAUCAAGAACAGUGUGUCCUCUCAGAGGCAUCAGGGCUGCUCCUCACAGCUGCACUUUGCUGAGAGCAGAUGGAGGUGGCCAAACGUGCUCUGUUCUCUGUCUCUCUCUCUGUGAGGUUCUGUAGAGAAUCAGCCAGUCCUGAUUUACACCUGGGAUGGAUUUACCACUUCUCCCAUGCCAGAUCGUGGUUCUCAGGCCAUUUUUAACCCCCACCCCAAGGAGAAGUAGAUGAAGCACCUGCCUGUGCCCCAGUACAGCCUCUGUGUCUGUCCAUGGUCAGACAGUGCCAGUGGUGACAGGGCCUGUGAGCACCGUGGCACCCCAGCAGUGCCAUGGUUUGUCACAGUAGGGACAGCGUGGUACAGGGAGCAGAGGAUGACUCCUCUUUGGGGUCAGCUCACUCCCCCUGCUGUGGGGCCUCUCCCCUGAUCUCCAGCUUCCACAUCACCAGGCUCUUGCUGCAGAGCUUGUCCACAGGCACAGCUUUGCUCAGCUGCUCCUGGGUCCCUGAGCACCACCCGAGCAGCUCCUGGCAGCAGGCUCCCUCCUGACACUUGGGGAACCUCUAUGCAAGUGAAGCAAAAGGGCAGAUCUUGACUAAAUUUGGAAGCAAGCCCAGAAAUACAAAACCCAAAGCAAUAAAUAGAUUGUUACAUGGAGCAGGCUUUGUGCAUCACUGUUGGGAUCCUGGGUGAACAUCCAAAACAAGUCUCUGUUGGUGGGCCCAAGGGCAGUGCCUCUGCUGCCACAUCCCUCAGCUGAAGUUAUCUCCCUUGUGUCCCUGGUUUUAUUCUGGCUUUCCUCCUGUUUGCCUCUCCAGGGAAAACACAAGUCAGUGGCUUUUUAUCCAGUAGAACAUGGCUGCAGGUCAGCUUUACUCUUUUUUAAUAUCUGUUCAGUGCUUAACGCUGGUUGGGUUCUAUACAAAGGAGCCUUCAGAGCUGCUCUGACAGGGCAGGCAGGCAGCUGAAAUACUGCCUUUGCUUUCCAAGCGCCCUCGGGGCUGGUGCAGUUUCCUGGGUUGUUGUAGCACUUGACAAAACUCAUCCAUUAGGUGCAGAUGCUACAUCCAGUCUCUCUCUGCUCAGCUGUGCUGUGGUGGGGACUCCAAGGACACAUCCUGUCCAUGCCAAGGCUUGCCAUCCUGCAGGACAGGCACGGGAUUCAAGGGCAGCAUUGUUCCAUCAGUGCCCAGAUUCGCGUGUUUGUGUCCCAAAC